CACCAAUUCCAAUUCUUACAAUGCAAAUACCUCUGUUAUCCCCAAAACGCAUCUCCUUCCACAGAUUCAACCUCACAUUUUCCAUCCUCUUCUCUUCCUCCUCCUCCUACCCUCUCUCUAAGUCACAGUUCAUCCUACAAAGCCCCGGCUUACUGCUUCAUGAAUUCCAACACCUCCAUGACCUCCGAAUCCUCCACUGCAAUUUCAUAACCUCUGGCCUCAUCCAUGACACCUUCGCCGCUAGCCGUUUCAUUCAAUUUCUCCUUCGCUCCAGCACUGCUGACCUUCACUACGCUUCUGCAAUCUUCAACUCUCUUCGCCACCCCGACGUCUUCACCUGGAACAACGUCAUCGCCGCCCACAUUGAACUCGGCUCACCGGACUCCGCUAUCACACUCUAUUUCAGUAUGCGCUCCAGUGGCUCGCUGCCUAAUCUUUACACCUUUGCCCUUUUGGUGAAGGCUUGUAGGAAGUACAGAGAUGCUGAUUCAGUAAAGCAGGGGAUGAAGGUUCAUGGGCAGGUGGUGAAGAAUGGAGCCAUGGAUUUUCUUGUUGUUAAAAAUUCUUUCUUGAGCAUGUACUGUGAUAUGAGAAUGUUGAAUGAUGCUAGGUUGCUAUUUGACGAGAGCAGUGAUUUGGAUUUGAUAUCUUGGAAUGUUGUCGUAUCUGGGUAUGGGAAGAGUGGGGAUGUGAAGACUGCUCGUUACCUCUUCGAUGAAAUGCCUGAAAGAAACUUGGUUUCUUGGAGUGCUAUGAUAGAUGGGUAUGUGAGGAGUGGAGAUUGUGUGGAAGCAUUGAGACUGUUUAAUAGGUUGCAAUGCGAAGGAAUAAGGCCCGAUGUCAUCACACUGGUGACCAUAUUGAAGGCUUGUGGCCACUCAGGUGCAAUUCGUCAAGGUUGGUGGAUACAUCUCUACGUUGAGCGGAAUAAACUCGGCGGUAAUGGUAACAACAUCAUCCUUUGUACAGCUCUUGUCGAUAUGUAUUGUAGAUGUGGGUGCAUUGAUGCAGCUUUUGAUGUAUUCAAUCAGGUUUCGAAUAAAGAUAUUGUGCUUUGGAAUGCAAUGAUUGGAGGGCUUGCAAUGCAUGGCCAUGGACACCAAGCUCUUGAGCUGUUUGGUAGAAUGAUGGAGGCAGGUAUGGUGCCUAGUGAGUCAACUUACAUUGGAGUUAUGUGUGCUUGUACACAUGCUGGUAUGGUUGAUGAAGGAAUCGAUAUUUUUGAAUCUAUGAAGACUCAUGGUGUGGAACCUCAGAAGGAGCACUAUGGCUGCUUGGCUGAUCUCAUGGGAAGAGCUGGGAGGAUUUGUAAAGCCGAAGAAGUACUACUUAGUAUGCCAAUGGAGCCUCAGGCUGAACAGUGGGGUGCUUUGAUGUCUGCUUGUAGAAUGCACAAUGAAUUUGAUAUAGGUGUUCGUGUUGGGAAGCAUUUGAUAGAGCUUGAACCACAUGAUGCUGGUCGAUAUGUGAUGCUCGCUAACUUAUACGCCAACGCCGGUCGAUGGAAGGAGGCCAUGGCGGUAAGAAGGGAGAUGGAAGAGAAAGGAAUGAAAAAAGAGGCAGGGUGCAGUCUGAUUGAGUGGAAUGGGAUAGUUGAGGAGUUUGUUGCUGGGGAUUGGAGCCAUCAACAGAGCAAAAGGAUUCAUGAAAUGAUUGGGGAGAUGGAGAGGAGAUUGGAGAUGGUUGGAUAUGUGAAGGACACAUCUCUGAUGUUGAUAGACAUGGAUGGUGAGGAGGAGAAGGGUGUAGCAAUUUCUUAUCACAGUGAGAAGAUUGCUAUUGCUUUCGCAAUUUUGAAUAUUGGAGAGGGGAUAACAAUUCGAAUUGUGAAGAAUCUUAGAGUGUGUAAGGACUGUCAUAAUUAUACUAAGUUGGUCUCAAAGGUGUAUCAAAGGGAGAUAAUUGUGAGAGAUAGGAACAGGUUUCAUCAUUUUAAAGAAGGGUUUUGUUCUUGCAAGGAUUACUGGUGAAUUUUGGUGUUUACACUUUAUCC